GAGAAAGUGGUCCGCAGAGUCUAUGGCUGACUGACCCUCAUCAGAGCAGCCGUGUUAGAUAAGGAGAGAAAGGAAGAGAUCUAUCUAUCAUUCUGUUGAGAAAGAUAUUUUUUAUAAACUAUUAUUCCCUUCUCUCUUCAUUUAACUCUCUCGUUCCUAACUAUGACUUUGCUUUCCGCGCGAUUCACAUGUUAAACCAAUUUCAAUUUCUUCCCAGACACAUAUUCCUUUUCUUUUUCCAUGUUUCAAACAUUGAGAAAAUCAAUCGAAUGAAGAAAAUGAUUAUCCAUCUAUCUAUAUGUAGUCUUCUUUCAAUAUAUGUGCCUAGAUAUUAUAUUAUCUUAAUCUCUUUUCCCAGCACAAGCACCGGUAGCGGCUAGCUUCUAAUAACACGCUGCUUUUUUGGUUUUAUAUAUAUUUGUUUUGGCAGUACCUUCCUCAAAACCACUAUUGUUUCUGGAAAUUUGCCAUCAUAGGUAGCUCUAGUUUAGGACACACAAUUUUUCUUCUCUUCAAAAAUGAUGUCUGAAGAAACCUUUUCUGUUCCUCCUCCCAACUCCACCAUCAGAGCCACCUCCUUGGUUCAUCAUCAUGCUCAUGUUCAACCCCCAAGCCCAAGCCCAAACCCUAAUCCUAACCCUAAUUCAAAUCCAGCUAAGAGAAGGAGAAGUCUACCCGGAACACCAGAUCCAGAUGCAGAAGUGGUGGCUCUUUCGCCAAAGUCCCUCAUGGCUACCAACCGUUUCUUAUGUGAAAUUUGCAACAAGGGUUUUCAGAGGGACCAGAAUUUGCAGCUGCAUAGACGUGGACACAACCUUCCAUGGAAGCUGAAACAGAGAGCGAACAAAGAUCAAGUGAGGAAGAAGGUGUACGUGUGCCCUGAGAAGAGUUGCGUGCACCAUGACCCCUCAAGAGCCUUGGGGGACUUGACAGGGAUAAAGAAGCACUAUAGCCGAAAGCAUGGCGAGAAGAAGUGGAAGUGUGACAAGUGCUCCAAGAAAUACGCUGUUCAAUCCGAUUGGAAGGCCCAUAGCAAGAUUUGUGGGACUAGAGAGUACAAAUGUGACUGUGGCACACUUUUCUCCAGGAAGGACAGCUUCAUAACGCAUAGAGCUUUUUGUGACGCUUUGGCUGAAGAAAGUGCGAGGGUAACAACAGUUCCAGCAGCUUUAAGCAACUUGAGAAACGAUCAUCAUCAUCAUUUGACCAAUGCUCAAGCUUCGAGGAUCCCUCAGAUUAAUUUUUCCGGGUUCCACUCAUCAGAUCAAUUAUUCGGUGGUGGAUCAUCAGAAGCAUUAUUGGCGAAUCAUCAUCAUCAUCAACAACAAAAGCUAAGGCUACCACUAUGGCUGGAUCAUCACCAAGUCAAUAAUAAUCCUCAAGUACUUCACCACCACACUCUUAACAACUUCUCAACAAAACCAAAUGGUUUCACUACUAAUUCAGGUUCAGGACCAAACUCUGUGACUGAUCUAGUUCAAACAAUGGACAUGUUUGGGUCACAGACAGAGUUUGUGAAUUACCGUUACCCAGAAGCAUCAUUUGGAGGUGGCAAUGCCAACGUGUCUGUGCUACCGCCACAUGAACUGAAGCAAGAACAAGAAGAAAACAAAGAACACUUGUCGCAUAGCGGAGCCUCUUAUAAUAACUUGUACUUGAGUAGUAGUGAUAUUCAGAACCCACCACCUCAUCAUCAUCACUACAUGUCAGCCACCACACUGUUGCACAAAGCGGUUCAAAUGGGAUCUUCAAGGUUGAUGAACGACAACGUAUUUGGCUCCAUCUUGGGCACCACCACCACCAACAGCAACAACAACAACGUUGUUGUUGAGGUUCAGAAGCUGAACGAGUUGGUGAGUGUGGAAGCUGCUGGGUGCACCAACAACAACCUUGGAGGUGGGUAUUUAUUAAACGACUCAAACAAUAGUAACUCGUUUGUGGUUGUGAAUGGCACCAACAAGGGUGGUGGUUUGGAGCACAUGGUGAUGCCGGUGGAUGAAGAGACACAACAAGCAUCAAUUAUGGGAAAGCAAUUACACUCAUCACUAAGCUCAAAUAACAAGAAUCAACAACUUGGUUUAACAAGAGAUUUCUUGGGUGUUGGAGAUCAUAAUAAUAGUAUUGACUCUAUAAGAAGACCUUUUCUUCAACAAGACCCUGUUGAAUUUAAUGCAAUGGGGUCAGCCUCAGCCUCAGCAUCAGUCAUGAACCUGCAGAGCCAGUACGGUGGACACUACUGCUAGUGUUAGCUAUAGUUUCAGUUUCAACUUAAUUUCAAACUUUCCAAUUUAUUGAAACUGUAUCUUAGAGCUAAAGAAACUAGUGAAGUUGUGUCAUAGUUAUAUAUAUAUAGCUAGCCAGCUAGUAGUAGCCGCUACUCUCUUAUAAACCGAACAGUAUAUUAUACCGAGUUAGACCGAUUGAGAAAUUAAUUAAGCAAGUUAUUGAGUAUAUUUUUUAUUAGUA